AUGGCUAACCAUCUAAGAAACAGCAUCCCUGAAAAAAUCGACGAGAUCUUCUUGUACUCAGACAAUUCAGCCGUGCUUGGCUGGCUGAGAAGCUCCCCUGAGAAGUGGAAACCUUUCGUGGCCAACAGAGUCAAGGAGAUCCUCGGGUACUCAUCGCCUGACAGAUGGAGCUACAUCCAGUCGGAAGAGAACCCAGCAGAUCUUCUCAGCAGGGGCUCGGCUCUUGAAACCGAUAGCCUCAAGCAAUUCUGGUUGGAGGGACCCUCCUGGCUUCGAGACAACCGAUCUCAACGUUCGCACGUUCUGAACGCGCCUAGCGAGUCGGAAGAGAUGUUGCGGGAAAAGAAAGUGGAAAUAACGGCAGCGGUCGCCUCUCGAGUACAGGACGAGUCAACCUUCUCCAGUAAAUUCUCCUCUUGGGCGAAACUCGUGCGUGUUACUGCUUUCAUGCGGAGAUGGCUUCCAAAAAAUCGAAACAAGUUCAAGAGCGGUGAUAAUUCAAUCACUCCGGAAGAAUUCAUGGAGGCAGAAAUCGCUGUAGUCAAAACAAUCCAACGCCAACACUUCGCGGCGGAGCUUGAUGCCGGCGCCUCCAAUUUAUCAAAGGCAAGCGCGCUGAAGACAUUGAAUCCAUUCGUAGACGACAGCGGCAUUCUACGCUGUCGCUCGAGACUCGAGAAGUCCUCCAACAUAAAUUACGAGGUCAAGUUCCCGGUGAUUUUACCUGGGAAAGAUUCUCUUGUUCAACUUCUCAUCCGGUCGAUUCACGAAACCCAGUGCCUUCAUUCAGGCGGCACGGCGGGCGCCUUACACGCUUUGAGACAGCGAUUCUUAAUCUUGAGCGCGCGCCGAGAGGUGAAUAGAGCCAUCCACGGAUGUAAAGUGUGCGCUCGCUUCAAAGCGAAAGCCGCCGCAGAGCCAAUGCCUCCUCUCCCGGCCUUCCGCAUCGAAGAAUCUCCCCCGUUUGCCGUAACCGGCGUAGACCACGCGGGUCCGAUUUACAUAGAAAAUGCGGCCGGGGAGAAAACAAAAUCAUACAUAUUACUAUUUGUUUGCGCGGUUACCAGAGCUCUCCGCCUGGAACUCGUGGCAGAUCUCUCCACGUACGAGUUUCUCUUGGCUUUGAGGAGAUUCAUGAGUAGGAACCCGUCAGUUAAGCACAUAAUCUCCGACAACGCGCGGACUUUUCUGAAAGCGGAAAAAGAACUGAAGUCGCUCUUCGAGAAAGCGAAACACCCGGAUUGCCAAUCACUCUUGUCCAAGAAGGGCAUGAAGUGGUCUCACUCGACGGAACGAGCUCCGUGGCACGGAGCCUUCUGGGAAAGAUUAGUACAGGUGGUAAAAAGGCCACUGCGGAAAAUCCUAGGGAUCCACGCGCUGCCUUUCAGGGAGACAGAAACGCUUCUUUUCGAAAUAGAGAAAAUGGUCAACGACAGGCCGAUUUCAGCCGUCGUGGUCGAUCCCGAUGAGCCUCGAGCACUGUCCCCCUCAUGCCUGCUAUACGGAUACGCUAGCCAACCGUCCCUUCCGGACACAAAAAAGGUCCUCGCGCAAUCCUCCGAGGCUACGAGCAUAGUUUUCUCGGAGCGUUGGAAGAGGCAACAGGCGGCCCUCAGAUCAUUCUGGAAACAAUUUCAAAACGAAUACCUACAGCAUCUGAGGUCGCUCCACUAUGCUAAGUUCCAAAAUUCGCGACCCAUCAAGAAAGGCGAUGUCUGUAUACUACACUCAGCAGAAGCGUCACGGGCCUUCUGGCCACUCUGUAUAGUCCAGGAAGUUUUCGGCGGGGAGAGCACCGACUCGCGUCGGAGGUCAUGCCUAAUCAAAACGAGCUCAGGUCAAAUUCUCGAGAGACCUAUACAGCUCCUGUACCCGCUCGAAAUCAACGAAUUCUAA